CGGCCUCUCCGCCGCGCUUAGGCCCCGCGCCGGGCCCGCCGGGCGACCCCGCUCAGUCCCCUCCUCCCCGGCAGCGGGGGCCGGUCUGCAGCCGCCGCUAGGCGGGCCGGAGGGAUGAGCCAGCAGCCGGCGGUGAAGAUGUCGGCGGCUCCCCUCACGGCGGAGGCGCUGGAGCCGGCGGCGGGGAUGCUCGAGGGCCGCCAGAGGAAGCUGGAGUCCAUGAUCCGCGACCCGCGCUCCCCGGUCAACGUGGAGAGCCUGCUGGAUGGCUUGAAUUCUUUGGUCCUUGAUCUGGAUUAUCCAGCGCUGAGGAAGAACAAGAACAUUGAUAACUUCCUAAAUAGAUAUGAGAAGAUUGUGGAAAAAAUACGAGCUUUACAAAUGAAAGCUGAAGACUAUGAUGUUGUCAAGGUGAUUGGAAGAGGGGCUUUUGGAGAAGUGCAGCUGGUUCGCCAUAAAAUGACACAGAAGGUUUAUGCAAUGAAGCUACUUAGUAAAUUUGAAAUGAUCAAGAGAUCAGAUUCAGCCUUUUUCUGGGAAGAAAGAGAUAUCAUGGCCUUCGCCAACAGUCCGUGGGUCGUUCAGCUAUUUUGUGCCUUUCAAGAUGACAAAUACUUGUACAUGGUAAUGGAAUACAUGCCGGGUGGAGAUCUUGUAAACCUUAUGAGCAAUUAUGAUGUGCCUGAGAAAUGGGCCAAGUUCUAUACAGCCGAAGUUGUUCUUGCUCUUGAUGCAAUUCACUCCAUGGGCUUGAUACACAGGGAUGUGAAGCCUGACAACAUGCUUUUAGAUAAAUACGGGCAUCUGAAGCUGGCAGAUUUUGGCACUUGCAUGAAAAUGGAUGAAACAGGUAUGGUGCGCUGCGACACGGCGGUGGGCACCCCCGACUACAUAUCGCCCGAGGUUCUCAAAUCCCAAGGGGGGGACGGCUAUUACGGACGGGAGUGCGACUGGUGGUCUGUAGGAGUCUUCCUUUUUGAGAUGCUGGUUGGCGAUACUCCAUUUUAUGCAGACUCACUAGUAGGAACAUACAGUAAAAUUAUGGAUCAUAAGAACUCACUACAUUUCCCGGAUGAUGUGGAAAUCUCUAAGCAUGCAAAGAACCUCAUCUGUGCCUUUUUAACUGAUAGGGAUGUGCGACUUGGGAGAAAUGGGGUUGAAGAAAUAAAGCAUCACCCUUUCUUCAAGAGUGAUCAGUGGAACUGGGACAACAUUCGAGAGACUGCUGCUCCUGUUGUUCCUGAGCUUAGCAGUGAUAUAGAUAGCAGUAAUUUUGAUGACAUUGAGGACGACAAGGGAGACGUGGAAACCUUUCCAAUCCCCAAAGCCUUCGUGGGAAACCAGCUGCCUUUUAUAGGAUUUACCUACUAUAGAGACAAUUUGUUGCUAAGUGACUCCUCUCAGUCUUGCAGAGAAAAUGAAUCUGUGCAAUCUAGUAAAAAUGAGUUUCAGAAAAAACUAAGCAAGCUGGAAGAACAGCUCAGUAACGAAUUGCAAGCCAAAGAUGAACUAGAACAGAAGUACAGGUCUACUAAUACUCGUUUAGAGAAGAUAGUGAAAGAGCUGGAUGAAGAGAUAACUUCAAGGAAGAAUGUAGAGACUACAGUCAGACAGUUAGAAAGAGAGAAGGCUCUUCUUCAGCAUAAGAAUACAGAAUAUCAGAGAAAAGCAGAACAUGAAGCAGAUAAGAAACGCAAUUUGGAAAAUGAGGUUAACAGUUUGAAAGACCAGCUUGAAGAUCUGAAAAAGAGGAAUCAGAACUCUCAAAUAUCCAAUGAGAAAAUCAAUCAGCUUCAAAGACAGUUGGAUGAAGCCAAUUCUUUGCUGCGGUCAGAGUCGGAUACUGCAGCCAGGCUAAGGAAGAACCAGACAGAAAGCACGAAGCAAAUCCAGCAGCUGGAAGCCAAUAACAGAGAACUGCAGGAUAAGAACUGCCUGCUAGAGAAUGCCAAACUCAAACUGGAGAAGGACUUUCUCAAUCUUCAGUCAGCUCUAGAAUCAGAAAGGAGAGAUCGAAGUCAUGGAUCAGAGAUUAUCAGUGAUUUACAAGGGCGAAUAUCUAGCCUCGAAGAAGAAGUGAAAAAUGGAAAGAGUGCAUUAGCUAAACUGGAAAUGGAGAAGAGACAACUGCAAGAAAGAAUUACAGAUUUAGAAAAGGAAAAGAGCAACAUGGAAAUAGAUAUGACGUAUAAAUUCAAAGUUAUGCAGCAGAACCUUGAACAAGAAGAAGCUGAACAUAAAGCCACAAAAGCACGAUUAGCAGACAAAAAUAAGAUCUAUGAAUCUAUAGAGGAAGCAAAAUCUGAAGCAAUGAAAGAAAUGGAGAAGAAACUUUUGGAAGAGAGAGCUUUAAAGCAAAAAGUAGAAAAUCGAUUGUUAGAAGCUGAAAAGCAGCGCUCCAUGUUGGACUGUGAUCUCAAACAAUCUCAACAGAAAAUCAACGAGCUCCUCAGGCAAAAGGAUAUACUAAAUGAAGAUGUGAAAAACCUGACAUUAAAAAUAGAGCAAGAAACACAGAAGCGCUGUCUCACUCAAAAUGACCUCAAGAUGCAAACACAACAGGUCAACACCUUGAAAAUGUCAGAGAAGCAGUUAAAACAGGAGAAUAACCAUCUUCAGGAAAUCAAAUUAAGUCUGGAAAAACAAAAUAACGAACUGCGCAAGGAACGUCAAGAUGCAGAUGGACAGAUGAAAGAGCUUCAAGACCAACUUGAAGCUGAACAGUAUUUCUCGACUCUGUACAAGACACAAGUUCGAGAACUUAAAGAAGAAUGUGAGGAAAAGACCAAACUUUGUAAAGAAAUGCAGCAAAAGAUCCAAGAGUUACAGGAUGAGAGAGAUUCCUUGGCUGCUCAGCUAGAGAUUACUUUGACAAAAGCAGAUUCGGAACAACUUGCACGUUCCAUUGCUGAGGAACAGUACUCUGAUUUGGAAAAAGAGAAGAUAAUGAAAGAGCUGGAGAUCAAAGAGAUGAUGGCAAGGCAUAAACAGGAGCUGACUGAGAAAGAUGCCACCAUAGCCUCUUUGGAGGAAGCAAACAGGACACUAACUAGUGAUGUGGCUAAUCUUGCUAACGAGAAAGAAGAACUAAACAAUAAACUGAAGGAAGUACAAGAACAAAUUACCAAGUUAAAAGAAGAAGAAGCAAAUAUAGGAAAUAUUAAAGCACAAUUUGAGAAACAGUUGUUGAAUGAAAGAACAUUGAAAACCCAGGCUGUGAAUAAGUUGGCUGAGAUCAUGAAUCGGAAGGGUCCAGUCAAACGUGGAGCUGACACCGAUGUGCGGCGGAAGGAAAAGGAAAAUAGGAAACUGCACAUGGAACUGAAGUCUGAACGAGAAAAGUUAACCCAAAUGAUGAUCAAAUAUCAGAAGGAAAUCAAUGAAAUGCAGGCGCAAAUAGCAGAAGAGAGUCAGAUUCGGAUUGAACUGCAGAUGACACUGGACAGCAAAGACAGUGACAUUGAGCAGCUCCGUUCACAGCUACAGUCCUUGCACAUCGGGCUAGACAACAGCAGCAUAGGCAGUGGGCCUGGAGAUGCUGAAGCAGAUGAUGGGUUCCCUGAAUCAAGAUUGGAAGGCUGGCUAUCGCUGCCUGUUAGAAAUAACACUAAAAAAUUUGGAUGGGUUAAAAAGUAUGUAAUUGUGAGCAGUAAGAAGAUCCUGUUCUAUGACAGCGAACAAGAUAAAGAGCAGUCUAAUCCCUACAUGGUAUUAGACAUAGACAAACUCUUCCAUGUCCGACCAGUCACUCAGACAGAUGUGUACAGAGCAGACUCCAAGGAAAUUCCUAGGAUAUUCCAGAUUCUAUAUGCUAAUGAAGGAGAGAGCAAAAAGGAACAGGAAUUUCCUGUGGAGCCCAUGGGAGAGAAGUCAAAUUACAUUUGUCACAAAGGACAUGAGUUCAUACCUACUCUUUAUCACUUCCCAACCAAUUGUGAAGCCUGUAUGAAGCCACUGUGGCACAUGUUUAAACCUCCUCCUGCUCUAGAAUGUCGCCGUUGCCAUAUCAAAUGUCACAAAGAUCACAUGGAUAAAAAAGAAGAGAUUAUAGCACCUUGCAAAGUGUACUAUGAUAUUUCAACGGCAAAGAAUCUACUACUGUUAGCUAAUUCUACGGAAGAACAGCAAAAAUGGGUGAGCCGACUCGUGAAAAAAAUACCCAAGAAGCCUCCAGCACCAGACCCCUUUGCUCGAUCUUCUCCCAGAACUUCCAUGAAGGUACAGCCAAACCAGUCCAUCAGACGACCAAGUCGACAGCUUCCUCCAAACAAACCAAGAUUACUUGAUCUGGCAUUUAAGGACUGGGAUUGGUCAUUUGAUGAUGUUGAUGAUAUUGAUGGUGAUGAUGAUGAUGAUGAUGACGAUGUUUUUGAUUUCUGAAGAAGUAUAAAAGGGCUAACUGCUCCCUGUGAAUGCAGACACAAUUCAAGGUGAUAAUUUUCUUCCCGUUACAGCAAGACUGAAACAUAUCCCAAAAUAUAUUAAAAAUAUAUAUUUUCCUGAGAGAUUGUGCUAUAUAUAUCAGAGGUUUACAUUUUUGCUGCAAUAUAAAUUACUAAUCUCUGAGGGUUUUCCUGUAUUCUCCUGAGUGACUGAUCAAAUGACGAAUGGUUGGUAAAUAGUAAAAGGAUAUGUUAGGUAACCUUUUAAACUCUGUUCCACAAAAGCUUUCUUGGCGAGACACAUACACUACAUUUCAUAAAAGGAUCGAGAGGAAUGAAUAUUAAAACGGAAGAAACUGACUUUUCAGCUUUCCUAAAGAUGCCACCAGCAUGUCUGCAAGAAGAACAGGAGGGAGAUCCACCACAGUGAUAUAGACUGCAUCUGUAAGAAGUGACCAUUAUACUGUGUAUAUAUAUUGUACUGUAAUACUGCAAGAGGGUUUUAAAAAUCUUUCCACUUUAUUUUUUUAUGCUUAUUAAUCAGAUACCGUUACUUAUUGCAGUUGCAACUAUGCACUUGUAUAAAGCCAUAACGUUGAAGUUUAUAUCAUUCAUACACGUCUAUCAGAAGCUGCAUGUCAGUGUUGAGCAGCUAGGAUAAGUUUGAAGUAUAUACUAGUUUCAGCUAUGUCAUCAUGGGCAGUCCUGUUUUACCUGUCUAAUUGCCUUAAUUUAAUUUUUUUCAAGUUUUUUGCCCAUUCUCUCUAUUUAAGGUAAAAAAAGAAGGUUUACCAGCUCUUAGGAUGCAAUUUUGCUUUGUGGCAGAAAAAAAUAGUGCACUAUUUUUACACCUAGUAAGUAUAUCAAUGUCAGCCUAUUUUGAAUGUAUAUCGACUGGUUUUAAGGGCGGGGAAAUGUUGGUUACAGAAACAGCAUCUGAUACCAUUGGAAUGACUACACCAUUGGCUCGUACGUGUAACUGCUCAUCCAGCCCUUUUUACAAACCUCAAUAUUAGUUAUUGACUUAUAUUAACCCUCAUUAAGUGCUAUGAAACUUCAUUUUGCCUUGUUUUUGCGUACUCUCCUAGAUGUGUUUUUUAUUUCUGGGAAAAAAAAAGAAAAAAAGAAUCUGUGACUAUUUUUACAUUUCACAACACAAUGUCCAAGGACUGUCACAAACGUUAAGAAAAUUAAACAUACUGUAGAUGUAUUUUAAAAUUUUAAAUCUGGUUCUCUAGCACAUAGCUGUAGGCAUAGAUAAAUAUUUCAGUAGUGUGUUUUGAGAACUGAUAGCUGGGAAAAAAGGGCCUCGGAGGCACUUAAUCUGACUUUUUUUUUUUUUUUUAACUUGGAGUUGUACAAAAAAAAAUAAUUUAUGUGGGCUCAUUCAUGAUGUGUUCAUAAUUAUCCCAGAAAAUGCAUGUUUUAUACAACUACAGUAUGCGAUGUUAAACAUAUUGACAGUAAAAAAUGUAGUCUCCUAUUUGGUCUCUUUAUAUAUAUAAAUAUAUAUAUAUAUUUAAAAUAUAUAUAUAUAUAAAAUAUUGUGUGGGAGUGCAGUAAUUUAAAAUAUGAUCUAACACUUCAAUGAAGGAGGACAUUUCACUUUAAAAUUUUGUUUGUUUGUUUUUGUUUUUUAAAGAGUGUUGAAAUGUUUGGAAGGAUAGGACCAUGAUUUAUUUAACACUAUCAUGAAAGGUGGACUUGGAAACACUGAAAAUGAAUAAAUAAAUAUAUUUACAUUUUGUAACCUCUACUACAGUUCAGCUUAACAGAGCCAGAAUGUAUUCAGUCUUCUAUUUAUGCACUCGCAAAGUAAAAUGUUGUUUGUGAGUUCUUAAAUUCAAAACAAAAGCUCUCACAUCAUUUCUGUGAGGUAUUCUAACCCGGCGCACAGCUACAGUGGUUUUUUCCCUGCUUGUUUUGAUUUACAGAAGUACGGUAUAUUUUUAGGUAAUGCAGAUUUGCAUAGAGUACAACAUUAAAAAUGUAUACAGUAAAACUGUUUCCAUUCACUGAAUGCAUAAAUAUUUUAUAUAUAUAUAUAAAAAAGAAAAAUGUUACAUUGUGGGAAGUUCUAUCCUUUUCUGAAUUGGAGAAUAUUAUAUAUAUAUUUUUAAAUAAACUAUUUGAGUAAGGUAAAAUAGUUCCUGAA